UACCAGGUGGUUCCAAUUGAUUCCACUAAGGUCCCAAUCAAUGUGAGGAUAGUAGGAAGAGUCACCGUCUCUUUACUGGGCUCUGUGGGAACAGACCCAAGAUGCUAAGGACCCCGAUGUUGGGCAGGAACCUCCUGAAGUCCUCAGGUUUCUCCGUCUUGGUCAAGCAGGUGUUGGGGACUCGACGACGUCAUCCACUAAAGCCUGAGAGAUCAUGCUCCCAGGUUUCCUGUGCACAGAAAAACAGGAAUAAUGCUCUGCACCCUCUUUGGAAGGGCGCAGUCUCCACCCCAGGGGGCUCCCGGCAGUCCCCCAUCAACAUCCGCUGGAGGGACAGUGUCUACGACCCCGGGCUGCAGCCUCUCCGGGUCUCCUACGACGCUGCGGCCUGCCUCCACAUCUGGAACACCGGCUACCUCUUCCAGGUGGAAUGUGAUGACACCAGCGAUGGGUCAGGAAUUAGUGGUGGCCCCUUGGAAAACCACUACCGACUGAAGCAGUUCCACUUCCACUGGGGAGCAGUGAACGAGUGGGGCUCAGAGCACACGGUGGAUGACCACGUGUACCCGGCAGAGCUGCAUUUAGUUCACUGGAAUUCUGUGAAAUACCAAAACUACAAAGAAGCUGUGAUGGGAGAGAAUGGCUUGGCUGUGAUAGGCGUAUUUUUAAAGCUGGGGGCCCAUCACAAGGCGCUGCAGAAGUUGGUGGAAGUCUUGCCGGAGAUAAAACAUAAGGAUGCACGGGCGGCUGUGGGUCCCUUCGAGCCCUCCUGUCUGCUGCCCGCCUGCCAGGACUACUGGACCUACCCGGGCUCCCUCACCACUCCCCCACUAACUGAGUCGGUCACCUGGAUCAUCCUUAAGAAGCCCAUUGAAGUGGCUGCGAACCAGCUGGAUGCAUUUCGCAAGCUCCUGUUUACUGCACUUGGUGAAGAAGAGAAGAUGAUGGUGAACAAUUACCGCCCACUUCAACCCCUGAUGAAUCGGAAGGUCCGUUCAUCCUUCCAGGCCAUGGAAGAGCGCACCGGAUCCUAAAUUUAUAAUGUGCAAGUCAGUGGGUAGAACUGACUUUAAAAAGAGGGUAUAGUGUUUUUCAAGUUUCACAGUCUGACCAUAUGUAAUCACUGAAAUUAAAAAGAGAGACAGAAAUCAUUGUUUUAUUCAAU